AUGCGUUUCUUUCUUUCUUUUUACAUUGUUCUGAAUUCUAAUUUCUUUCUUUCUUCCAUUCUUUCUUCCAUUCUUUCUUUCUUUCUUUCUUUCUUCCAUUCUUUCUUUCUUCCAUUCUUUCUUUCUUUCUUCCUUUCUUUCUUUCUUUCUUUCUUCCAUUCUUUCUUUCUUUCUUUCUUCCUUUCUUUCUUUCAUUCUUUCUUUCUUCCGUUCUUUCUUUCUUUCUUCUUCCUUUCUUUCUUUCUUUUCUUUCUUCCAUUCUUUGUUCCAUUCUUUCUUUUUCUUUCUUUCUUUUCUUCCAUUCUUUUUCAUUCUUUCUUUCUUUCUUCCAUUCUUUGUUCCAUUCUUUCUUUCUUUCUUUCUUUUUCUUUCUUUCUUUCUUUCUUCCAUUCUUUCUUUCUUUCUUUCUUCUUCUUUCUUUCUUUCUUUCUUUCUUUCUUUCUUUCUUCCAUUCUUUCUUUCUUCCAUUCUUUCUUUCUUUCUUCCUUUCUUUCUUUCUUUCUUCCAUUCUUUCUUUCUUUCUUUCUUCCUUUCUUUCUUUCUUUCUUUCUUUCUUUUCUUUAUUUCUUUCGUUCCUUUCUUUCUUUUCUUUCUUCCCUUUCUUUUCUUUUCUUUCUUCCAUUCUUUCUUUCUUUCUUUCUUUCUUUCUUCCUUUCUUUCUUUCUUUCUUCCAUUCUUUGUUCCAUUCUUUCUUUCUUUCUUUCUUUCUUCCAUUCUUUCUUUCUUUCUUCCAUUCUUUGUUCCAUUCUUUCUUUCUUUCUUUUUCUUUCUUUCUUUCUUUCUUCCAUUCUUUCUUUCUUUCUUUCUUCCAUUCUUUCUUUCUUUCUUAAUGCUGCAACUUUCUCAUACUUGAUUAUUUUUUUCUUUUUUUUGUCUUUCUUUCUUCUUUUUUUUCUUAUUUUCCUCCUCUACUCUCUGAUCAUUUGUCUUUCCUCUUUUAAGCCACGUGUAUUUGACCGACCCAGAAUCCAACCCAAGUCAUCAGCGCAAACAUCUUUGCGGCUGCUAAACCAACACAAGCACCAAAGAACUAUUGCAUGUCUGCAGUGUCGGCUUUUUACAAAACAUUCUCUCUUCGUUUUUACCCAUUCCUAA